AUGUUUCUAUUUACCGCUCGAUUCAGCUUGACGGCAUCUGAAACUGAAACUUUUUCAGACGGAUUAUCAGUAGAGAGAAAGAGGGUGAAGCCGAUUCUAAUGGCGUCGAAUUCGGAUAUGGGAUCUGCUGAUUUCGAAUCCUUGUCCUCCACCUCAGACGUGGAGCUCUUGAAGAGAGCGUGGCGUAACGAGAAGGCGGCGCCGGAGAUUCUUCCGUACGAAGGUGAUCUCGUCGAAAGAGCCAAAGGGCAGAUUGAAUUAGUGGAAGGAAAUAUUGAAGAUUAUGUGGAAAAUGGUAUGGACCCUUUGGUGGUGUCGCUUUAUCAGAUGGAUUUGGACAGAACUCAGUUUCUACUGAGAUCAUAUCUUAGGGUUAGACUUCUCAAGAUAGAGAAGUUUAUGUUCCACACCCUGAAGUCAGAAGAAGCUGAAAGCCGUCUUUCUGAGCAAGAGAAAGUUUUUGCUACAAAGUGUGUUGCUGAUUUGGCAAAGCAUUUCGAAGAGAGCGUACUGAUUAAGUUGCGUGAGAGCUAUCGGUCGGUUCUCAAGCAAUCCCUUAUAAGUGAAGAGGAUGAUAUGGUGCCGGAGCCGCAUUUGGAUACCUUUGUUGUUUCUAGAAGCAAUAGCCAUGUCACUCUAAAUCUAUACGAAGAAGGAGAGAGCCACCAGAUUGUGGAGAUGUACCGUGGUGAUGUCUACUUCAUACGUUACAAGGUUGCAAAAGGAGCAAUCGAAUCUGGGAAAGUUGACUUGAUCUGAGCUCAAAAGCUAGAAGUGGUUCAUUUUCAGUCAAAUCUCUUUACAUAGCAUAAACAUUAGCUGCUGCUACCAUUGUUCUUUCUUUAUGAUCUUGAGUUGUAUAGUGAAUUUCUAGAUCGUUUUGAGUUUCCUUAAUGUCAUGGUAGAGACUUGACUCUCCUUGUGGCUUGUGCUCUUGUCAUGCAAGUUCAAACACUCCGCGUACACCGGAAGGUUCAGAAAAAUGGUCUUUCCUGGUGUGCCACAAUAUGCACCACACAAAUCAUUAAUUGUUAUUUGUGAACUUGAGAUA